AUGCAGUUGAGGCUCCUUGGGGAUGGUGUCGUGAACGCAUCCGUCGGGGGGGAUUUGGAAAGGUUUGCCGCGCUUCACAAGAGCGCAGCAGCCGCAUCCCGUGGGGCCAAGUGGAGUCGCAAGCUCGAACAGCGCGACUCCAAGUACACAUCGCAGCUCAACCAGAUGGGGGCUCGCAAAAGCGAGAGACGCCGUCUCCGAGCCGAAACGCGUCAGCAAGCCCUAAACCUCGAUAUCGCUAGAGAGUGCGAUGGAGUGUGUUACAGUUCUAAAGAAGCAAGCAGGCAAGCCCACCCCUGA